AAUAAUUCUAACUAAUUACCAAAUUACAGUAGUGUCUAACCAAUUCGAGUGUCUGAUCCUGAACAACAAGAGUCAUCUGGUUACCAGAUCAUUGUAUAAUAAAAGUGGUUAUAUAAUUAAUGUCUCAGAAAAUGGCACCAUCAUCUUCGGGGUACUUUAGUGAUCAUCAUUAUGGAAGUACCUCGGAGACACCUCCUAUUAAUAAUGUUCCUCCACCUCCACCUCAUAUACUUAGACCAACAUUAGUGAAUUCGAAUUCCUCUCGUCAACGAUCUUCAUCUAUGAAUUCUUUAACUUCAAAUCAUUCCGCAAUAACUUCAAGUUCAAAUUCAAAUUUACAUCCAACAUCUACUUUACCUCCAACUCAAUCAAGUACAGUAAGAAGUUUAUCAAUUAUAAGUUUAGAAAGUCCUCGUAAUUCUAUAGUAUCUAUUGAUGAAAAUCUUAUACGACCCACUAGAAAUAAUAGUACGGCAAGUUUAGUAUCUUUAACUGCCCCACCACCACAUCAACAUCAAUAUCAACAAUCUCCCCUGCAACAACAACUACAACAAUCAACUACUGCAUUUAUAAAUAAUCCUACAACACUAUCUCAGAUUCAUCAUAAUGUAUCGACUGCCCUAAUAGAAUCUCCUCGUUUAAGAACUCUGAUAAAUACAAGUGCAAUACUAUCAGAUGAUGAUCUGGAAUUCGAAGUGGCUGUACCUAUUGCUCCUCCACCAAUAACUUCAAGAUCUAUACUAAAACCUAUCUUUAGAUUGAAAAAGAGUACUGAUCAAUUAUUCAAUUUAAAAAGAGACUUUAAAUUUAAGUAUGAUGAUUAUACCCAAAUAAAUAGAAUUCCAACAACUCCAUCAUCACCUUCAACAAUAACAACUACAACUCAUACAGGAAUACUUCAAGGUACAAGUCCAACAUCAUUAAUUACAUCUAGUAGUCUACAUUCAGCUCUUAAAAGUUUACAAGAUUCAACUCCAUCACCAUUAUCAUUAGAAAAAGAAAAGCAAAAAGAAAAAAUUAAUAAUGAUAGUAUAACCAGUGCCAAAAAGAAGAAAUCCAGUACUUUAAUUCAACAUUCUAUAUUAAAGAAGAAAUCCAUAUAUUCUAAAGAUUUACAGAAUGAAAUAUCCAAUUCAUCACCAUCGGAAUCACAACGAAGUCUUGAAACUAAAUUUAUAACCAAUAGACCUCCUCCAUCGUUUGAUGAUAAUGAUACUCGUAUCAUUUCAGAUGAACCGGUAAUGAAAACUUUGAAAGAACAGAAUCAAUUGAUUCAUAAAUUGAAUCGAAAGUGGAAUAAGGGAGUUCAUUUUGAAAGAGAUAAAGAUAAAUCAUUAAAACUUUCUGUAUCUCCAACUCCACCACCUCCCGUAUCAUCAUCAACUACUAGAAAGAGAUCAAGAGAUGCACUUUUUGAAAGUGAAGAUGAUACUAAUUAUGACAGUUACGACAAUUACGACGAGUGAUAUACCUAUAUACCUAUAUACAUAUCAAACCUUGACUAUUUAUUAUAAAAUGUACAAUAUACAUAAACAUAUACAUGAUUAUGACUAUGAGUAUAUAGAUUAGAUUAGAUUAGAUUAGAUUAGAUUAGAUUAGAUUAGAUUAG